AACUUAACCUAAAAAAUGAUGAAACCUACAAGGUAUGAAAUGAAAGGUAAAAAGUAGGUUACUAUACUAUAGGGUUAGGUUUUGCUUUAAAAUUGCAAUAUGCUGGUAAUAUUUGGAAAAUAUCAUAAUUGUUCAGUAGAAAGCUCACAUCUAUUGUUUGGCUGAAAAUGUAUGAUUUUCGUUUUUUAAGGAUGUGAUAUUUUACCUAACAACGGUAACACUCGAACACUGGAAGUUUUUCAACAUGGCUACAUUGUCUUUGUCUACCGCUGGGUGCAUCUAUUAGGAUAAUAGAAAUUAGUGAAAAAUCUCCAUCUUUUAUAAUAUUUUAUUCAAAUUCUAUAGUUAUGAGUGGUGAAUCUCAGAAAAUGGAUUGCACUGACACCAUCGUGAACAAACCUGAUAUUCUCUUCAAAAAGAGGAAAUGCCAUCAAGUCAAUAGAAAAAGGAGACGCUCCAAUGAUGAAAGUAGUAGUGAUGAUGAGACAGUUGUUGUUGAGAGGAAGUUGAAAGAGUUGAAGAACAAUCCUCUCAUUCAAAAAACUGUGAAGAGAGGCAUGAAGAAAAUAGUUGAUGCGUCAGGGGAUGGAGAUGGAGAUGGUGAUGACGAGGAUGAUGAUGAUAACGACAAAGUGACCGUCUCUUAUAAAUCAAAGAAGAACGUGCAGCCUGAGGGGCCUAGCGAUCAAGGUGCUACUGCCAUUUUGGAAAUAGAAACCGAAGUUGACCGAGAUGCCCAAGCUAUAUUUGAAAAUUCUCUCAAAAUCAACAAGGAGCUAAAAGGUAAAGCUGACGAUAAGAUCUACCGUGGUAUGGCAAACUACACGCAGUUCUAUGAAAAGAGAGAUACAGCUCAAGGAAACGCUUCCAGUGGCAUGGUGCGCAAAGGUCCCAUCAGAGCCCCAGCAAAUUUGAGAGCCACAGUGAGAUGGGAUUAUCAACAAGACAUCUGCAAAGAUUAUAAAGAAACUGGAUUCUGUGGAUUUGGCGACAGCUGUAAAUUCCUACACGAUCGAUCAGAUUAUAAAUCCGGAUGGCAGCUUGAAAGGGAAAUGGCAGAGGGUACCUACGCUGGAGAAGAUUCGGAUGAUCAGAAAUAUGAAAUAGACUCAGAUGAUUCCAAACUUCCUUUCAAGUGUUUCAUCUGCAGAGGAUCUUUUGUUAACCCCGUAGUUACCAAGUGUGAACAUUACUUUUGUGAAAAGUGUGCUCUCAGCAAUUUCAAAAAAACUAGUCGUUGCUACAGCUGCAAUGCACAAACGCAUGGCAUCUUCAACUCUGCUAAGGAACUUAUAGGAAAACUAUCUGGUAACAAAGCUUUUAAAGACGAUGGUUCUGAUUCAUCAUCUUAGUAGGCUAUCUUCAUAUCUUUUUGUAACUAGAAAUCAAUCAUUUCUUUGAAUCACAUCACAGCAAAUACGGUAGAAUAAAAUUAUUACUCAUCUCGAGAAUUAAUUAUAGCUGAAGCUCUCGCACGCAACUUUGGCUCACAUAUUCAAGAUCUGUUUCAGAACAUUGCCUAUGCUGUUUCUGGAAUGAUUUUAUAUUUCAAUUUUCAAUUAUUUUGGAAGAUAAUUAUGUUAGUUGUGGCUACUACUUGGAAGCACCUUUUUUUGUUCAAAUCAUUAUGACUCUUGUAAAACCAUCUGUUUUUUAUUGAUAAAUUAAUUUUAUUAUCAAAAUAAUAUUAGACAAUACCUAGACAAAUAGAAUGAGUAUUAUUGAUCUUCAAUGGAUUAUACUAUUCAUUAACAUUUGUUUGUCAGCUCAACCGCACAACAGAAGUUGAUAUUGAUAGAAGUUGAUCAACAGAUAGUUCAUAUUUAUUUAUUGAAUAAAGCAAGUAAUAAAAUAGUCGGAAAAACAGGCUAUUCCCCAAAACUUGUUCUAUUUCUGUUCUAAACUGAGAGUUUCACUUUGCAUAACUAGUUGGUAUUUCCAAUGAUUGUGUUGUUGUUGUUGCUUUUAUUAUUAUAUAUCGAUCCUCGGAGAACUUUGAACAAAUUAGGAAAACCAUUAAAAUGAUUCAAAUAUUGUGUUAUUAUGUACUAUCAAUGUAAUAUUUGAUUUUGGUUAUUCAUUGAAUGUUGGCAGAAGUUAUUUGAACGAAGCCCCAUAUCAAUUGAAGUUAAUAAUAUUCUAUUGUAAUUUAUAACGCUAAUCCAUGAAAAUUGGAUCCUAGUUCAGUUAUAACACCACAACUUCUUUGCUAUUAGACCUCACAACUAAUAAUUCCAAUAUAGGCCUAUUUAAGUCAUAUUAUUUACUUUAUCACACAAUGAGCAGUUCUUCUUUUACUACUAUACUAUUUCUGGAUGUAUUUUUGUAGUUCGAAAUUGGUAUGUCAUAUUUUGAUAGAUGUCAGUCACAUCUUUCAUUAAAAAAUUUAAAUUCUUUCAAUGAAUUCAGCUCUUUCGACUUACUCUUAUCUUACUUUGAAGUUCUAUCUUUAUUGAUGCCUCUUCUGAUAUCAGUUGCAAAUUGAUUGAUAUCACCUUAUUCCAUAUACGGUAAUUUUAUAUAUAUAUAUAUAUAUAUAUAUAUAUAUAUAUAUAUAUAUAUAUAUAUAUAUAUGAGGGAAGAAAAUAUUUUUUUAUUGUACAAUUUUGUUAAAUUGGACUUGUUUAAAGUAUUAUCAUUUCUUCGAUUAUAAGAUUAUUUUUUAUGAAAUAAGGUUAUGUCAACAUUAGCUUAUUUAUAUCAUCUAAUUCCAUCUAUAAAAGCAGGAUAUUUGUUUCUAUUUCACAAUUUUUCACUUGAAACAAGUACAGUAUUAUUAUCUCUUCAAUUGAAAAAUGAUUUUCUAUGAAGUCAGGUAAUGUCAACAUUAGUUAACCUCUAUGGUGAAAUCUGUUGGAAAUGAUUAUGGUAUUAUUUCAUGCUUUCCAAUUCCAAGAAUUGGAAUCUGUAAAUUGGAUGUUAGUUUUGUUGAAUACUACUUGUUUAAAGUAUUUAUAUUUCUUUGAAUAAUCAGUUGAUGUCUGUAUAUUAAAUAAUCCCAUGUACUUUCUUCUAUCUAUAACUAAAAGGCUUUUUAUUAUCAAUCGAUAGGAGUAUAUACAGAAUAAAUAAUUGGUUUUAUGUUUUCCAUAUUUUUUAACAAAUUAUAUCAGUUUAAUAAUAACACUGAGGGUGAUGCCCACAUAAGCUCUUAGGCUUGUGCGUGGGUAAUGAGUGAGAGGGAUGAUCAUGAGAGAGAUGACGACUACUUUUUAGGUAGUCGGGACCGUCAGCUUAUCGUUUCCUCCGAAAGACGGGAAUUACAACAGUUUAUUAAAGCAUAGUUCAUUUUUCCCCACAACAACUUUUAUUUACUAUCUGCUUAUUGAACAUCCGUUGGAAAAUAAUUUGUUCUUGAUCUUACUAUUUUGUAAAAAUUCUACUCUAUUAAAGUAUAAAAAACCCUCCAUUCACUUGUUAUUGAUAACACAAACAUAAAGUUCCAUUCAUUACCGUUCGAUUGAAUCAAUAAAUUGAUUCCAUGUGGAAUAAU